AUGGCGACUCACGAAAUUGCUAUCCAUGAUCAAGUAAGGUCCCUUUGUAUUAGCGGUGGGACGCAUGGAAAUGAACUCAAUGGCGUUUACCUGGUUAAAAACUGGCUGAGAAAUGGUUCUAUCGAAAUUCAAAGGAAUUCUUUUCAAACUCAUGCUAUACUUGCGAAUCCAAGGGCAACCAAGCGAUGUGUGCGUUUCAUUGAUGUAGAUCUCAACAGACAGAUGAAAUCAGAAAAUCUGUUGUCGUCUGUGGAGAAGGAGGAGGAAAAUUGUCCCUAUGAAAUACAGAGAGCCUGCGAACUGUAUUCACGAUUUCAAAACGAGGCCGGAAGAAAGGCGAUAGAUUUCUGGAUCGAUCUUCAUAACACAACUGCAAAUACUGGGCCCUUUUUUAUAAUGAGCGGAUCUGCUGGUCCAUUUCUGUUACACCUCGCAGCACAAAUGCAGAAAGAGUUCCCUGAGCUACGCAUUAUGCUUCUGAAGGAGGGAAAUUUUGAAGGGCAGCAUUUUGAAGGGGAUCAGCAUGAAAACAGCAAAGAGGACCUCCUAGAUGCCUCUAAAUUUCCCACACAAGGUGUACAUGGGUUAGGUGUGGAGGGCAUAACUUUAGAAAUGGGCCCACUAGCACAUGGUACUUUGAACAUGGCCAUUUACAAUUUGGCAAAGAAAAUAGUUACGGGUGUGCUUGACCGUGUUGAGAAGUUUAAUAAUGGCCUUAAAUUUGAGGAAAAGGAAAUUGAAGUGUUCAGAUCACUAGGCAACAUCCAUUUUCCUACUGAUGCAGAAGGUGAACUUUCAGCCAUGGUAUCAGCGAAUGUGGAAAGAAGUGAUUGGAAACCACUGAAUCCUGGUGACCCACUCUUCCUGUCAUUUUCUGGUGAGACCAUCCCUUUCACUGGAGAUGAUGUGGUGUGGCCAGUUUUUAUAAACGAGGCUGCAUAUUUCCCAAACAACAUAGCAAUGACAAUCACUGCAAAGGAAAAGAUAACUGUUCCAGCACUGAAGUUGAAAACAAACUAA